GCCAGCGGCAGCUUCCGGCCCGCGUAGAUCCCCGGCUUCAGCACGUGGGUGUCUUCUUGGGGGUGCUUGUGUUACCCCUAACCCGGGUGAACGCCUGACAGAUUUAAGGAUGAAGGCGAGAAGAAAUAAAAAACAGGUCCCAAGUUUUCGGAAAUUGCUAAAAACUAGUAAAGUCAAACUUGAAAACAAGCUAAAAAAUAAGCAGUUUAAGCAACAAAGCACUCUCAAGAAAUACCGGAAAGAACAGAGGAAACUAAGGCAAGCCGUAAAAGAUGCUGUGUCUAAGAAGCCGAUUCCACUGGAGGACCCGAAGAAAAAACGACCAGCUAAAAGGAUUGAGCGGGAAGAGGAGGAAGAAGAGGAAGCCCUUCCUUUGGAUAUGAUGGAUGAAGAUGACUUACAGUUAAUGAAGGAUUUAGGACAGAGAGCAUCUUUUCUAACAAGAGAUCUUUCUUCUAGUGAGCCUGUUCACUCCAAGAAACGAAAGCAUGAACGUGUUAUAGACAAAUAUGAAAAAAUACCAAGACCUCUGCAAACUGCACCAGAGAAGGAACUGAUUCACUUGCUUCCUAUCAAAGAUAAAAGUGGUGUAAUCCCACAGACCAGGGAGAAGCCAGUUAUUGAAAGUUCCCAAGACGAAGAGGAUGAGAUGGAACUUAAGGAAGAGAUAAUUGAAGAUCCCAUUCAAGAGCUGACAUUAGAAGAACAUUUAAUUGAGAGAAAGAGGAAACUGCAAGCGAAGAAGAUGCGCAUUGCCGCCUUGGCAUCUGCCAUAUUAUCAGAUCCAGAAAGUAAUGUUAAGAAAUUGAAAGAAUUACGUUCCAUGCUGAUGGAACAGGAUCCUGAUGUGGCUGUUACUAUUCGAAAGCUGGUGAUCAUUUCUCUGAUGGAGUUAUUUAAAGACAUUACUCCUUCAUACAAAAUACGACCCCUUACAGAAACAGAAAAAUCUAUCAAGAUUCGCAAAGAAACCCAAAAGUUAAGAGAAUUUGAAGAAGGCUUGGUUAGUCAAUACAAAUUUUAUUUGGAAGAUCUGGAGCAAACGGUUAAAGACUGGAAGCAAAGGAAGCUGAAGAAAAGUAAUGUAGUUUCCUUAAAAGCAUACAAGGGACUGGCAGAAGUGGCUGUGAAGAGCCUGUGUGAGCUGUUGGUGGCACUGCCUCAUUUCAACUUUCACAACAAUAUCAUUGUAUUGAUUGUCCCACUCAUGAAUGAUGUGUCAAAAUCGAUAUCUGAGAUGUGUUGUGAGGCAGUAAAGAAACUCUUCAAACAAGAUAAGUUGGGCCAAGCUUCCCUUGGAGUAAUUAAAGUGAUUUCUGGUUUUGUGAAGGGCAGAAAUUAUGACGUUAGGCCAGAGAUGUUAAAAUCAUUCUUGUGCCUAAGAAUCAAGGAAGUAGAAGUGAAAAAAGAUACAGAUGAUAUUAAUAAACCAAAAAAGUUCAUGACUUUCAAGGAGAAGAGAAAAACUCUAUCAAGAAUGCAGAGAAAGUGGAAGAAAGCAGAAGAGAAACUAGAGCGAGAGCUUCGGGAGGCAGAAGCUUCAGAGAGUACUGAGAAAAAACUUAAACUGCACACAGAGACAUUGAAUAUUGUGUUUGUAACCUACUUCAGAAUAUUGAAGAAGGCUCAGAAGUCACCCCUCCUGCCAGCAGUUCUUGAAGGUCUUGCUAAGUUUGCUCACCUUAUAAAUGUGGAGUUUUUUGAUGAUUUAUUAGUGGUUCUACAUACCCUCAUUGAGUCUGGUGACCUAAGCUAUCAAGAAAGUCUUCAUUGUGUCCAGACUGCUUUUCAUAUUCUUUCUGGGCAAGGUGAUGUUCUGAAUAUCGAUCCAAUGAAAUUCUAUACACAUCUUUAUAAAACGCUUUUCAAGUUACAUGCAGGUGCUACCAAUGAGGGUGUGGGGAUUGUACUCCAGUGCCUCGAUGUCAUGCUGACUAAACGCAGAAAGCAGGUUUCUCAGCAGCGAGCCCUUGCCUUCGUCAAGCGUCUUUGUACCCUCGCUCUUCAUGUUCUUCCAAAUUCAAGCAUUGGCAUUUUAGCAACUAACAGAAUAUUAAUGCAUACUUUCCCUAAAACAGAUCUGUUGCUUGACAAUGAAUCUCAGGGAAGUGGGGUCUUCCUUCCUGAGCUGGAUGAACCUGAAUACUGUAAUGCCCAGAACACUGCUCUUUGGGAAUUGCAUGCACUAAGGAAGCAUUACCAUCCCAUAGUGCAGAGAUUUGCAGCUCACCUGAUCGCUGGAGCACCUUCUGAAGGCUCUGAAGCCCUCAAACCAGAGUUGAGCCGAAGAUCUGCUGUAGAGCUUUUUGAGACUUACAGCACGGGAGCAAUGACAUUCAAUCCUCCUGUUGAAUCUUUAAACUCCAAAAGGAAGGAUAAAGUUUUACAAGGGGAUUCAUUUUUGAAUAAAGAUUUAAAUCAACUAAUCAAAAGACAUUGCAAUGAAGUUGAUACUUAGUUGCCUUUGGAUUUCACCAAGUAUUUGGAAACUUCACUACAGUAAUAGAAGAAUGAAGAGUCAGUGGACUUUCUAAUAUAUUUGUGUGUUUGUAUAGAUGCACAUAAAGACAUGUUACCUUAGGAUCUUCUCCUUUUAUACAAGGGAAACUUCCUAAUCUCCUUUGAGUAGCAGAGGGUUCUGCCCCAGUUCUGAAAAUAUUCCAUGAAGAAAGGGGAAUCAAAAGCCUUUCCCCCUCUGAUAUUUGGAAUUUCCUUCUUAGUGAUGUUGCCUUUUGAAAAUGUAAUAUACAUAUUAAGCUACAGCUUUUAAAGUCUUUGAACCAAACUUAAUUGAAACUCAAUUGCUAGAUUAAAAUGAGGGCAUAGAAAAAUCAAGACUGUGAAACUGGUUUUUACCAUUCAUCUACUCUUUAUAACCAAAUAAAGUCUGUUUUUAUUACAACAUUAUGGAUGGAACAGUGAAAAGUUCUAAAUUUGAGUUUUUAUGUGGAUCUCUGAGAAAAGAAAAAAUAGCUUGAAAUUAGACACCAAGUUCAUUGGCUUUUGCUGGAUAAUACACACUUCAAGAAGUAACCUAAUUUGGCCUUUUUAAAAAUGAAUGAGUGUUUAUUGUGGCUACUUUCAAAGUUUGAAUGAGAUUCUAGUCUCUUCAGAGUUUUAAGUUCUUUGCAUUUUCUGACAUGCUUUAGAGGGUGAUGGAGGAAGAAUUGCUCCUGCGUAGAAAAACCAAGUCUGGAAAUUUACCCUGUUUUAAGGAUAAAGGAUACCCAGUGAAGGGAAUUUUUCCCCCCUUCUUUCUCUUUUUUUUUCAGGUACAGAAAAAAUGCUUCUUCUUAUGAAUAUAAUUAAUAAGCUGUAUUUUAUGUAAUAGCUAUUGCUAUAUUCUAGGCAUGGCAAAUAAAUAUUUUAAUGACCAGCUCAUAAGUAUUGAAUACUUAAGUAAAACAGCUGCUUUUUUCUGCUUCCUAUUCUUGUGAUCUGAGAACUAAAAAAAAUGCAGUGGUCCAAUUAAAUAGAUCUCUUAAUUUCUUCAAAGCUGUAGAAGGCAAUUACUUUGGUAUAGAUUUUAAAGCUUUUUUUCUCAUGAAGUAAAUAAUAGAGAUUUUUUUUAUUAUACCAGCAGAGUGAAGCAUAUCAGCUCAACAUUGCAUGUUAAUCUUUUAGCAUAUUAUAUGUGAUUUUAAGACAUGUUUCUAAAAUCAGUUUCUUUAAGCUUGAUUAUUUAAUGAUGAUAAAUGUGUGAUUCACCAUAUAAAUACUUGUUUUUAACCUACCUUUUGGAUAUAAAGCAAAGUCCACGAAUGUUAUGAAUAGUUGUUUGGAUGACUAAAGGGUCUUUCCCCAUUAGAGUACAAGUAACCAAUACAUGUCACAAAUCAUUUAUUUUCCAAACAUAUACAAAUACAUUUGUAUUUCACUUUGGCAGCAGAAACUAUAGUUUGGGUGAAAAACCAAUUUUAAAGUAGAAAUUCAUCAACUAUUGCACACUUGUAUUAUGUUUUUAACCUGUUACACAUACAGAGAAUCACAAUGAGACCAUAAAAGUAUACAUCUAGUAUUUAAAUAUCCUACACGAAUUUGAGGAUAAAAUAUACUUGUGCAUUAACAUAUGUAGUCUUGUAUUGAUGAGUUUCAUUUUCAGAACGAGAUGGCUGUAGUCAUUAAUAAUAACAUACACACACUUUGAGGCUAUGCUAAGCUACAGCCUUAAAUAUUCAUUUUUACUAGACAAAUAUUGAGCACCUACUAUGUGCUUAGCACUGUGCUAGGCACUUACAAGUGAAGUGGGGUAAUAACAGCAUAACAUAUAACCUCAGUCUUCCAUGGUCUUGCAUGCUGAAUCAAAUCAUUCACAACAUUUAAAAAUAUAUGACAUUACUCAAAUCAGUGUCAGAGUGAGUUGUUUCAAAGUUGAAAUCUGUGACAUCUGAAAUAGGGAAGGCUUUAGAGCCUGCUUGAUGUCAGGCUUGGGCAUAGUAUUGUUUUGGAUCUAAGAGAUGUAUGUGAAUAGCUUGGUAAUCAUGGAGAUUCAGUAAGUAUUUCAAAAAAUUCAUUUUAGAUAUUCCUUUGUCAAAAUCUCCCAUCAGCCAAAGAUUACAUUUAGGAAGUAGAUACAAAGAGAUGGCAAAAACAUAAAUUGUUAACAGUGCGCUGUAUCAUGGAAAUGUUGACCCAAGUGUAGACUUUGUGUGAGAGGCAACCUCUGUUUUCUAAUAACUUUUUUGGGGCCCAGGUAUUCACUUCUUUUCUUGUUGCUGAUGUGAGAGAAGCAUCUGAAAGGGGUCAGAGGCAGCCAUCAAGAGAGCACUCUCCCUCUAGGCUACCUCUUAACUCUGCCAAGUGUAAGAUCAGAAAUUGGAAAGGGAGAGAGCAGAGGAAGGGGAAGAUGUAGUCCUAAAAAGACAGUACGUCUGUAGCGGCAGGGGAGGCCCACUUCCACUAAUGAGCCUCCAGUGUCUCCAGAGCCAUUGGAUGGGAGGCCUUUGUAGGAAAGCAAAUAAAAAACGAUCAUCUGUAACUCACUUUUGUUGAGAUUAAACUCUGUAUUGACCACCAACUGGAGAAUUUAUAAACAAUUUCUACUUACUAAGGAUGACAUGAAGAGAGGCAUUCCUUUGAGAGGGUACUUUCUGCCCAAAUAGUAUUGUUACUUCCUAUAAAUUUAUCCUCAAACUUAUGCUCAAUUCCUUAACACCCUCAUGUAAUUUUAUAUUUUGCAAAGCAACCAAUUCCAAAUGAGCAGGUGCCUGAAAGUUCAUCUAUUUCUUCCACGCUCACACAGCACAUUGGAUUCUUACUCUAAUCCCCUCUGGCCAGCUGGAAUGUUCUUACACGUUGGCACUGCCUAACACACUGAGAACUCAAGCUCCUUUUCAUUUUGUUUUCAGUGAAGCCUCUUAAAAUAUUUUUUGUUAAAUUGUGUAAUAAACCCAGCUUGCUUAUUUAGAUUCUUUUCUGUAUCAACUUCACUGAUAAAAGUUUGCUACCCACAUUUUUAGGAGUCUGAAAAGUAUGAAGUAGUAAUAGUUAUAGCCUGGAUAGUUAUCUUAGAUGCAUUCUAAAUAGGCUAAUUUCUUUCAUUUGGUAUACUGAUAUAGCUAAAAUUCAUAUUAGCUAUAAGUAAAAAUUUCUUAUUUUUGGCAAACGCAAAGUGGGUGCUGGUUAGUUGUAAUACUAGAGAAGACCCUUUAUAUUUUUGAGCAGUGUACUCUUCCUAAAGUCUCAGUUCAAAAUAGAGUAUGUACUUUCCCCUCAAACAGAGUGGACAACCAAAUUGGAUUGCAGCAUGAGGUGAUCAGCUGUGUUCACUCAUUUGCUAAAACUCAGUUUUGCAUUCAGUUUCACAGUAAGAUUCAGAUUUUGUGCUGUAGCAGAUGAAGCUCGUAAAGAGUCAAGGUCAACUGAUAAACCUGAAACACCAGUCUUGCUUUUCAUGUGUUACUCUGCACAGUUUUCUUUGACUAGCUUAUUAGACCAGUAAUCAGUUUUCAGUAAUGCUAAGCCAAACCAGAGGCAAAUGCCUAUUGGCUUACAGAAGCUUGAUAAAGUGUUUCUGGAAUAUUUUUUAAAACAGGGCAGCAUUAUUCAUUUGUUACAGACCAAUUACUUGAGUUAGAAAGAAACCUGUAGCACUGUACAAACAUCAAACUCGAAUAGCCUGACUUCUGUUAACAAGUAAGUGGUGGUUCUAGCAUUAAGGCUUGGAGUCAGAACUUCUGAUAACAUGAAAAAUAUUUUUAACACUUCUGUUUUUAGAAUAUGCAAAGAACCUGGGAGCUGUUUUAUUCAUUUUUUAUGACAGGUAAAAACUUCCCAAAGCAAAGGUUAGGCUUUUCGGUGUGUUUUGUAAUUUGAAGAUAAAUGUCUUAAAUUUUAAUAGAUAAAAUUUGGAUUUUUACUUUAGAGGGACACACAUUUCAUUUUAAAAGCAUAAUUUGCUUCAUACCAAGAAUAAGAAGAAAUCUUUACUUGCAUGAUAGUUUUAUACAGUGAAGUUUUAAAAAUAAUUUAUAUUAAAUGGCAAGUAUGACUUGGAUCAAUAGCUCUUCAGUUAUUGAAUGAAAGCCUUUUUUAUAUGAAAUUCUGGCCCAUUUCAGGUAUUCAGAGCAUGUAUUUUUAUUUUUAGGAGAUUUGUCUUGAAAUAGAUAGAACCACUAAUGCUUCUACUUCAUAAGUGAUAUCAAGAAAACUGUAUAAUAAAUAUAUUAGUACAGUGUCAAUACAAACCUUGAAAAAUAAAUAAAUUUAAACACCAACUCAAUCUACUUUUGCUUUAAAAAAAUGGUUAAGUUUCUUGUUAAGACAUCACAACUCAGUAAUGUUAAAAUUAUACAAUAUUCUAAAUUCAUUUUGUGAAAACCAAAAGUAGAAUAAUCUGUGAAUAUAUAAGCAAUAAUCUUAAAAACAAAAACAAAACCCCAGCAUCAUUCUAUAUGUAAAAAACCCUUAAGAGGAAGUACACUGUGGUACACAAUACAGGAACUAAAUUGAAUUACUUUUUAGUGAAUCUUUUAGGAUGUAUUUACAUUUGCAAUGCCCCAAAGCUACCAAUUCUCAUCCUUAAGAUGUGUGACCAAACUAGCCUGUUCACAGAUGCCUGCCUCUUGUUCCCAGGUUUCUCAGGUCAGCAAACCAUGGCCCCUGGGUCAAAUCCGGCCUGCCACCUGUUUUUGUAUGGCUUUUGAACUAAGAAUAGUUUUUACAUUUUUAAAUGAUUAAAAACCCAAAAGAGGAAUAUUUAUGACAAGUAAUAAUUAUAUGAAAUUUAAUUUCAGUGUCUGUAAAUAGUUUUAUUGGAACACAGCCAUGCUAAUUUAUAUGUAUGUUGUCUGGCUGCUUUUGAGUUACAAAAGCCUAGUAGUUGUAACAGACCAUAUGUCCCGUAAAAAGUUAAAGGCAAAAACUUAAAGACAGUUGGCUGACCUUUGCUCUAAGUCAUUUACUGCAAGCUUAGUGCUUCUUCCAACUGUUGACAUUAAUUAAAUGGGCUUUUUUGCUUCCUUCAUCAGGAAAUUGGUUGGUAGCCAGUCCUGUGCCAUUUUGCUUGUCC